CUAAGAAAGGUUCAAGUUCCCAGCAUCCUGCUCGCUCAUGUAAGGUGAUUCUGGACAUAGGGGACUCCAUGGGAGAUGGGGAGUACUGGAUCGACCCUGAAAACAAUGGAAGCCCUUUGAAGGUCUACUGUGACAUGUCAACUGACGGAGGAGGCUGGCUUCUUGUUUCCAACCUUGUAAUGGCCAGCUCAAGACGCAGUUCCGUUGCCUUGUUGUUUGAGAGGUCGUACCAUGCUAUCAGCAAGUAUCAUAAGAACAACAUGUUGCUGGCAAAAACGGCCAUGAAUGAGCUCAGAACACACUUGAAUUUCACUCAGCUGAGAUUCCACUGCAGCAAACGAUUGAACCGUAGGUUCCACGUAACCACAGCCCCCAAUAGCUUUGGAGAAGCAGUGGUCCAGUACUUCAGCGGUCAGACAGAUGUGCUUCCAUACUCGUGUGAAUCUUUUGUCAGAAUGGAAGACGACGACUCAAAAUUAGCCAAUGUCUGCCAAAAGUGGUGGGCCGAGGGCACUAACACGCACAAUGUUGGUACAUGGAGCUCUUCUGAUCGCAAUGAGGACAGAUUGUACGAUCAUGUUGUGCUCGUCUGGGGGACUUAUCACUGGAAUAUUCAGCCAUCGCAACAACGAUUUGACUGCGACGAUUUCGCACAUGCAGUGUCUGCCGGUGAUUUCUGGAAAAUUUAUGUACGUUAG